UUUUCUCUCCAGUGGGUUGCGGGCUUUGGGCGCUUCUGCGCGUGCGCCGGCUCCCGUCCCUCACCGAGCAUGCCCUGGGCUCCCACGUAGCCUAUUGUGCCUUCACACUGCGCAUGCUCCUUUCCCGCACUUGGCCUCGCCCUCGCCACUGCGCAUGCUCGGUCCCUCACUGGGCUUCCCUCGCCCGGCCAGGUGGCCCUGGGGGCGGACGCGCCGGGCCUCUGAGCAAGCUGCUGCGCCGAACGGUUGGGUCGCCUUCCCGUCAAGGGCGCGUGCUCCCGUCCGGCGCAGUUGUGGCGGCGGCCACUGGCCGGUGUUUGCUGAGGGGCGCGCGAGCGUGCGCGGAAGCUGGAGGGUCAGUGGGACCCCGCACCUGCCACGGCCUACGCCCCCUCCCGCCGUCCCCUCGGGCCCCGCCGGCUUAACCGACCUGUAACCCAGGUCGACUUUGCUUUGCGCGCCCUGCCUCCUGGCCGGGCCUCCGCCAAACAAACGCCUGGACCCCGGAGCGCACUCCUUUCCCCCCUGGCCCUCGGGAAGACCUGUUUCUCUGCCUCCAACGCCCGCCGCGGAGCACAGCCCCCUCGCUGGCCACCGGCGUUGCUGCUCGGCUUGGGAAAACCCGGGUGUGAAGGCGGCCUGCGGUGGGGAAGGGGGGAGGGGAGGGGUUCAGACCGGCGGCUCCGGAGACCCGGGCCCAGAGACUUCCGUGGGCUCUAGUCCCCGUCAUCUUGUGAUGGGUGCUCCUACCGCCCAGGUCACUUACGGGGAACAUACUCUGUAGCUCACUACAGAAGAUCGUGCCUUUGACUGCAGGAGCGAGCCCCUCCGUCCUAGCCCUUACCCCGGUUACCGUGCACGCCAGCCGCGGGGCUGCGGGCCUGGCGGGGGUGGGGGGGGCCUUCUGCAGCAGCACGCUGGGAGGCCGGGUGUUUUUAGGCAGGUUUUGCAGCGGGAUUGCCUGCCAGUGGGCGACGGGACAAAUGCUCAUCAGACUCCGCACAGUGUAGCAGCCAGGGGUUUUCCGUGCCAGAGCCAGCACUAGCAUCGGAGGGCAUCGGUGUAUUACAGCAUAGUCCAGCGAUUGUUCAUCAUGAUGACCCUGAGUCAUCAGUAAGGAGCCCGCAUUGUGCGCUGCUUCCCUCGUUUAAGGGGACAGGAACAUGGGUUAAUCCAUUUUAGGAAGAUUUCUCCUUGACAGUUAUUUUUAAAAAACAUUUCCCUCCGUGCUUGGAGCAAAUUCCUCAUUCAUCUGGAAUGACUAAUCGUCCUCUGCAUUUAAAUUGAAGCAUCCCUAAAUAUUGAUGAUAAAAAGAAAGCAGAAACUGGGGGCUUUGGUUUACUUGAAAGUAACUUUAAUUCAUUCUUUUAACACUAUUUAUUGAGUACAUAGUGUGCUUCAUUCUGUGGAAAUAUAAAAGUUGAAAAAGUUAUAACCCCUGCCCUCUAGGAAUUUACAGUGUUUAUGCAGCGGGUAUUACGUGUGUAACACAAAAGGGGCUGAGUUCCUGAGGGAGUCUCCGGGUGAAGAGAUUUCUGAAGGGGCAUUUGUAGAUGUCCUCAAAGCCAGUGGGGAUGGGAGAGCAGAUCUCAGGCUGCUUGUGCAGGAGGCCUGACAGGUUCUGGGGACUAGCUAGAAAGGAAGGAGAAGAGGUUUCUGGUUUAGGAGACCUGGUGGUUGUGAGCACACCAAACUAAGUAGGAAAUAGGUGAAGACAAGCAGGUAUGGGGGUAGGGGCGAGAAGGUGUGGAUCAUACCUGCAGUCCUGGACAUGGGGGCUUUCCUGUGAUGGAAGUCUUCAUUGGGCACCUGAGAGGCUGGAGUUCCACGGAGAAGUCCAAGCAGAGAUACGGAUUUCAGAGCCAUUGCUCGGUGGUAAAUGAAAGCCACAGGAACUCAUACACACGGCAAAGAAAGCUGCCACGUGCUGAGCUCUAUAGCAGAUGCUGGAGCAAUAAAGAUAAACCCAAGCAAUGGAGGGAUUACAGCAUUACAUCAACCCAGCGCAUGCCAUUUCUCUCCUGAGCGCACUCAAUGAGGAACGCCUCAAAGGACAGUUGUGUGAUGUGCUUCUGAUUGUUGGAGACCAGAAAUUUCGAGCUCACAAAAAUGUCUUGGCUGCUAGCAGUGAAUAUUUUCAUAGUUUAUUCACAAAUAAGGAGAAUGAGUUGCAAACUGUAUUCCAGCUUGACUUUUGUGAACCAGAUACUUUUGAUAACGUUUUGAACUACAUUUAUUCCUCGUCUUUGUUUGUUGAGAAAGGCAGCCUUGCUGCUGUGCAAGAACUAGGCUACAGCCUCGGGAUUUCCUUUCUGACUAACAUCGUUUCUAAAACACCUCAAGCACCCUUUCCAAUGUGUCCCAACAGAAAAAGAAUAUUCGUGGAACAUGAUGAAAACAGUUCUCAAAAGAGAAGUGUCAUUGUCUGUCAAAGCAGGAACGAGGCACAAGGGAAAACCGUUAGUCAAAGUCCACCCGAUAUAAGCCAUACUUCCCAGCCCUCCCCAAACAUUGCAGUCAAGGCCAAUGCCAGUAAGCCACAGGUUUCCAAACCAGUUGAACCACUUCACGAUUUGUCAUUGACUGAAAAGAGUUGGCCAAAAGAUGGUUCUGUGGGAUACACAAAGUCUCUUGAGUGUUCUGGAUCUUUGGAUGAUACUAACAGAAGCAGCCUGGGGAAAAGGAAUGCAGUCCUGUCUUCCGCACCGCUGCAAGACAGAGAGGCAGUGGAUGACAAACCAGGUGGAAGCAGUCAGCUGCCCAAAGGAAAAGCUAUAGAGCUGGCUCUGACAAGGCCCCGGCCACCUGUUCUGUCUCUUCGAAGCUCAUCAGAGACUCCCUAUCUAUUGAAAGAAACUAACAGAGGAAAUGGCCCGGGCGAGGACAGGAACUUGUUGUACUACUCAAAGUUGGGCUUGGUGAUCCCGUCCAGUGGGUCUGCUUCUGCAAACCAAAGCAUUGACAGAAGUGGCCCGCUUGUUAAGAGUCUCCUGCGACGGUCACUGUCGAUGGACAGCCAGGUUCCUGUCUACUCACCCUCAAUAGAUUUGAAAUCUUCCCAGGGGUCAUCUGCAGUGCAAAGUGAUGCACCAGGGAAUGUGUUUUGUGCUUUAUCUCAAAAGUCAUCUUUAAAAGAGGGUAGUGAAAAACCAACCCCAGAAGAUGGGACUCCAGCCGCACAGCCACACCGCCUCCGAUCCUUCAGUGCUUCUCAGUCCACAGAGAGGGAGGGUGCACCCCCUGUUGCUGAGGUUCGAGUCAAGACGGAGCCCCGCAGCCCAUCGGCAGAUCCCUCCGACAUCAUUCGGGUCACUGUGGGAGAUGCCGCCGCAGCAGCAUCCAGCUCGAGAGACCUUCCUCUGAAAACAGAAGACGACCAAAAAGACAUGAGCAGACUCCCAGCAAAAAGGAGGUUCCAGGCGGAUCGAAGACUGCCCUUGAAGAAGUUAAAGGUGGACGAGCACGGCUCUCUGGUGUCAGAAGAUAAUCUCGAGGAAGGCUCAAGCCCCACACUCAAAGCAGAUUUUCCAGAUUCUGACUUGAGCAAAGAUGAAUUUGGUGAGUUGGAGGGAACAAGACCAAACAAAAAAUUUAAAUGCAAACAUUGCCUUAAGAUCUUUAGAUCAACAGCAGGUCUUCACCGGCACAUUAACAUGUACCACAACCCAGAAAAGCCCUACGCUUGCGACAUCUGUCACAAGCGGUUUCACACAAACUUCAAGGUGUGGACCCACUGUCAGACCCAGCACGGCAUAGUGAAGAACCCGUCACCAGCCUCUAGUUCACAUGCCGUUCUGGAUGAAAAGUUCCAAAGAAAGCUGAUUGACAUAGUGAGAGAGAGAGAGAUUAAGAAGGCCCUGAUCAUUAAGUUGAGGCGCAGCAAGCCCGGUUUUCAGGGGCAGAGUAGUUCCCCAGCUCAAGUCAUCAAGAGGAACUUGAGGUCGCGAGCCAAAGGCGUGUACAUUUGUACUUACUGUGGAAAGGCCUAUCGCUUUCUCUCUCAGUUCAAACAGCACAUAAAGAUGCAUCCUGGAGAGAAGCCUCUUGGAGGACACAAGGUCGCUAAGCCGAAAGCUCUCGCUCUUGACGGUCCGGUAGCGAGCAAGGAGGUUUUCCAGUGCCGCCUCUGUAACGCUAAGCUCUCUUCUCUCCUAGAGCAAGGCAGCCACGAGCGACUGUGCCGGAACGCCACCGUGUGCCCCUACUGCAGCCUUAGGUUCUUUUCGCCCGAGCUCAAGCACGAGCACGAGAGCAAGUGUGAGUACAAGAAGCUGACGUGCCUCGAGUGCAUGCGCACCUUCAAGUCCUCCUUCAGCAUCUGGCGGCACCAAGUCGAAGUCCACAAUCAGAACACCAUGGCUCCAGCCGAAAACUUCUCCUUACCCAUCCAGGACCACAACGGUGAAGUCACCGGCUCCUCCAAGCCCCAGGCCCAGCCCGAGCCUCAGAAAGCAAACCACGUGGUCACACCAAAAGAUGACAAUGCGUUCAGUGACUGUUCAGAGCAAGUCAACUUCGAUUCGGAAGACUCCUCCUGUCUUCCCGAAGACCUUAGCCUUUCGAAGCAACUGAAGAUCCAAGUCAAAGAGGAGCCUGUGGAGGAAGCUGAGGAAGUGGCGCCUGAGGCCAGCACAGCUCCGAAAGAAGCAGCUUCCAGCAAGGACCCGGGCCUGUGGCCCUGUGAGAAAUGCGGCAAGACGUUCACCUCGCACAAGCAACUGGAGCGGCACCAGGAGCUCUUGUGUUCCGUGAAACCAUUCAUCUGUCACGUUUGCAACAAAGCUUUUCGCACCAAUUUCCGGCUCUGGAGUCACUUCCAGUCCCAUAUGUCUCAGGCUACAGAGGACUCAGCGCAUAAAGACUCUGAAGUGUGCCCUGUUCCCACAAACUCUCCGUCGCCGCCACCUCUGCCCCCACCACCGCCGCUGCCCAAGAUCCAGCCCCUGGAGCCUGACAGUCCAACGGGUCUGCCUGAAAAUGCAGCUCCGGCCACGGAGAAACUGUUUGUGCCCCAAGAAUCAGACACACUCUUUUACCAUGCCCCGCCCCUUUCAGCGAUCACAUUUAAACGCCAGUUUAUGUGUAAACUUUGCCAUAGGACAUUCAAGACCGCCUUCAGUCUUUGGAGUCACGAACAAACCCAUAAUUAAAAGACCUCCCCUUUUCCCUCUAACGAAAUGGGAGCAGUCUCCAGAUUUCAGCCUAAGUUGUGAAAUGUGUCAUGUAAAACAAAAAUAUAUUUUACAAAAAAAUAAUAAAGGUUGGAAAUUGUUAUUCUUGAGUAUAAGUUGGAGGUAAACUGACAUUAAUUACUAAUGUCUACUCAACUUAGGAAAACACUUAAAAAAUACUGUGCUUCUGGACCUUACAGUCACAGGACAAGACUUCAUUGAUGUUGAAAUUGAUUGGUCUUGGUUGUUUGCAUGGUUCCUCAUUCCACAGUGUCAGUAUAAUCUUUAAUUUGAGGUGGUUUUGUUUUCUUACUGAUGUGCAGCUAGUGAAAUACUAUUAAAGGAUUUCUGCUUUUAAUUAUAUCAGACACAUAAGUUCUAGUUAAAUCUCAGCCAUGUUCUUAAGUCCAAAACUUACCUGGAAGAAGUGGAGUAGUUUGCAGUGUUGAUUUAGGUCUUUAGAAUACUCUAGCAAUAAAGAAGUGAUAAACCUCAACUUUAAGAAGUUAUCCUGACACUUGAUAAAAAUAUUUGGCAUUUUGUGGUCAUGUAGAAUUUUUCAUAUGAAAAUUGUGAGAAAUUUAAAUCAGCAAUAGUAAUACUUACAUUUUUAUAAAAUAAAAACUUUCUCUUGGGUCACUUAGUGUAAUUAUUGCUGGAAGACUUGGGAGAUGAAAAUAAGAUUUCUGGAAGGCCCCUAAGGUCAGUUUACAAAGGCUUCAGUGGGGACACGUGUUGUGAUCAGAUUGCUGCUGUGCUGUGUCCACAUCACAGUGCAAGUUCAGUCCAGCACUGGAAGGACUUAGAUGUUUGGUUUCCUCUGGCUUACGCUGCCACAAGUUGAAAAUCUGAGUGUAUUUGGGACAAAGAUAACGUGGCACUAAUUUUGAAAUUAAUAUUAGUAUAACAAAAAGGUCAGGACCUAUAUUUACAUAGAGUCAGCCCAGAGGCUCUGAAUCCUGAAUUACCAUUCACUUCCAGAGACCUGAAGCAAAGGAAGAAACAGCACACUGCAGUCUCCACAUACUUUUCAAAAAUGAUAUUGACAGUAUACAGUUUCCUACCUCUUUGUCUUGUGAUAAGUUCUGUUAGAAUUGGUUGGAGUUUAUCGUGGUAAAGCGUUCACGUAGUGAAACCGUUUUUGCUUCAAGUCACUGCUUAGCAUUUCCUAAACGGCUGUUUAAGUACUAUCAAGGGUCCAAAAUUAGUUUUUGUGGUUUUUUUUUAACUUCUUUUUGGCCCAUAGGGUUUGAGCUUUUUUGGUUUUCUAUAGGUGUUAUCCAAAGUUCUAGGGGCUGUUUCAAAAGGUACAAUUUUUAUUUUACUUGUGUGGGGUGGUCAGAUAUAUAAAAGUAGAAAAAUUGGGGAAUCUACAAAAUCCUUUUAAGGUAGUGAUGUGGAUUAAGACUACCAAGUUUAUUAAUUUUUUUACAAGCUAUUCUUUCAAAAAAGAAAAAUUAACUACUGUGACUAAGAAAUAGUAUGCUGAGUACUUAAAUUUGUGCUGUAGCAGAAAAGAACUGUCCUUAUCAACCUCAUUACCCACAUUCCAGACCAAAGGUAGGAAGGACAGUCUUUUUAUUUGAAACACAAACAUUUUUAUAAAAUACUAAUUGACUUUGUACAUUAUGUAAAUUACAUAUGAAAUUUUGCGUUUUAUUUUUUCACUAGCGGCCCGGUGCACGAAAUUUGUGCACUUGAGGGGGGCUCCCUCAGGCCGGCCUGCACCCUCUUGCAGUCCAGGAGCCCUCGGGGGAUGUCCAAUUGACAGCUUAGGCCCGCUCCCCGUGAGCCUGGCUUCUGGCUGAACAGCACUCCCCCUGUGGGAGCGCACAGUUCUUUCCUCUGUUUGGUCGAUUCGCAUAUUAGCCUUUUAUUAUAUAGGAUUUGAAAACUCAAAAGUCCCAAAAUAUUUGAGUGGUUACUUCCUGUUUCUGUUCUUAAAUUUGAUGGUGAAAGGAAAAUAAAAUUAAGUUACAAUUAAUGAUUAUUACAAUCUCUAUAUUUUCUUAAAGAAGUCUGCAUUUUAGAGACAAAACUAAAGCAUACAAUUUAAUGUCAAACAUUAGGAUGAAUUAUUGUCCAGUGAGUUCAUUCCCUGUAUGAUGUGGUAUUUCUUAGUCAGAACACCUUGGUAGCUAUCUCUUCAGUAGAAGACAGUUUCCCUCAGAGUAAUCAUUACUUAUGGCUGUUUGAGUAUCUAGUAAAUCCACGACACACAGUAUCUUGGCAUUGUAAAUUCAGUAUCCUAGGACUUGAACCUUUAUGCCACUUUUUUGAGGUUUUUUAAAUAAAGUUGACCAGUAAGAUAUUUUUGAUCUCAAUACAGACGCUGCGAAUCUGUUAGAUUUUAAGAAUUGCCAGUGGUUUGUCUUGUUAGUUCACAUUUUUGUCUAGGCAAGGAACGUAAGACUUCAAAUAAAAUUUUGAACCAAAAACAUUUAUAAUGCAGUUCUGGUUUUUCUAUUACUUUUUAUACUGUAUCUUAAAAGCAUUAGGCGGAAAGAGUUUAUUUUGGUGGUCAAAAAAUAAAAUAUGCUUCCACUCGUGUAACUAUUUUAAGCGUUAAGAAGUAAAAUAAUGAAAGACAAGUUUAUUGCUUUAUUCAGUAAACAGGUUUUUAAAGAAUAUCUCAGUAGUCAAAUACUUGGUGUAAGAUGACUUGGUCUUUCAUUGUUGCAACUCUUUAGCUAGCAAAUAUAUUCUUGAAAAAGAUUUUUCUGAUUGUAAUUAGUUUUGGAAGUGUAGAAAGUUCAUUAUUCCUUGUAAGUAUUCAGGAUGUCUGCUUUUUUAUGCAGUUGUGGAAAGAAUGUAAGAUGUUUUAAUAUAUUCUUUGUUAAUCUGAGAACUUGUUAUUGAAUCAUUUUCUUCAUGUUGGGGAGGGAGGGAGGAACAUCAUAAAACACGUUUUUAUUAAGGUAAGCAAUGGAGGUAACAUUAGUGCACAUUUUUAUAGUAAUAUUUCAAGAAUAAUAGAAUAUUUACCUUUAAAACUGGUUAUGGUUCGUAUGUAUUUAUAAUUUUAUCAAAAUAUUCAGCUAAUGAUUCAACAGUGAUGUCAUGUGCAUUUGUGGGGAGAUUAAGUGGUUCUUGGUUUUCUGAUCUGGAACGAGUCGUAACAACCUUCUCUUUAAAAAUAUGCCCCAGCACUUAAUUGGUUAUACUCUAAUCCACACACAGCACCCCCUGGUGCUGAGAACAGACACAGACAAGAAUAAAACAUGUCCUUCCCUGGAGGUAAGGGGUGUUUCAUCCACAGGCCAACUGGCCACGGUGAGGGGGAGACAGGAUUAACUCAUCUAAAGUUGGCCUUGUUCCCUCUAAGUGUGUGUGUGUGUGUGUUCCAUAAUCUGAAACUGUGGGAAGUGAAAUUAUUUGCCUUUUCUUAACUACAAAAAAUAAUUAGAUGUCAUUCACAACAUCUCUUUAUAAAUUGCACUAAUUAAUAUUGGAACAUUAUAUCAAUUUCUGAUGUAUCAAUAUUUUGCAGUAAUUGUGAAAAGCAUUGAUGCUAACACAUUCUUUAAUAAGUUCUUUAACACUGGCCUUUUUAAGUUUUAAAGAUGGGUUUUUCCCUUGUGGCUUUAGCACUUUAAGAAGUUUGAUGUUUGCCUAAUUUUUGCCAUGUUUGUUCAGUGCUACUCUGGCUACGGCAUUUCCACGUGACUAGGAAGAAACCAAACAGUCAGCAUUUAGAUCUGGAGGAGAAAAAUGAGUUAAUGUAAGGCUUUUCAAAAAUUCCUUAUAGAGGCAGUCAUUUGUGAACCAAAGUAUUUUGCUGUAAAUCUGUAAAAUAAUUGAAUUCAGUGCUCUUUGGUCAUUUGUUAGUGCUAUCCAGAUUUUCCAGUUACAUACUUGGUUAAUAUUGAUUUUCCAAAAGUGAUCAUUUCUUAUUGACAUUAAUCCAAGACUGUUCAAAACUUUCAUUGAAUAUAUGCUUAUUGUUGAAAGAAAAACAAAUGUGGUUUUAUAAUUGUGUAUUUUGUUGUUAUAUCCUUAGCAGAAUAAUUCAUUGUUUGAUUUUAUUUAGGAAUAAGCUUUUUUGGACUGAAAAUUCAUAGUCAAAUAGGAUUUCUGUGGAAUGUUAAUCCAUUGCUUAUUCAUAUCCAAUUCUGUUGUCUGUUUACUUUGCUUAAAUCUUGACUAAGAAUGAUGGGAGUCAAUAAAUUUGUACUGUAUUUUGUUUGGA